CUUUCAUCGUCUUGCUUGCCGCCGCCGUGGCCGAUCUUCGCUGCCUGCCAGCCAUGGAAGACUUUUGUGCGGUGUGCGCAGAUACGCUGGAGUGGGUGGCCUAUGGGUCGUGCGGGCACCGCGACGUGUGCUCCACAUGCAUCGUCCGCCUGCGUUUCGUGAUGGGCGACAACAAGUGUUGCAUCUGCAAGACCGUCUGCCCCUUCGUCUUUGUCACUAAGGCCAUGGGUAAAUACACUAGAGUGAUCACUGAUUUCUCUGUGUUACCUGAUGGGGUAAAUGAGGGCAAAGCUGGGGAUUUCUGGUACCAUGAAGAUACAAAGGCAUACUUUGAUGAUGCGGACCACUACCGGAUGAUACGGACCAUGUGUCAACUUUCCUGUAAUGUUUGUGACAACGCAGAAGAUCAGGUUGCUCAAGCAAAGCGCAAAAGCAAGUUCAGGAGCAUUGAACAACUGAAGGGACAUUUAUACUGCGUGCAUAGUUGAUUUCAUGGAUUAUGCUGUCAAAUUUAGCAUCAAACUUUAGACAUGUUUUGAAUAAUCUAGAGCUGAUUUUUCUUUGUUUCUAUUUCAUGCAUAAUGGUUUCUUUUUAGUUUAUAGGCCUUUCAUUGUGCAUGUACAGUUCAGUGCAGUUUGUCUUGUCUAUCAGUAUAUGACGCUGGUACCUAUGCUAUAGCUUACCUAGUGAGCUGUUAUGUUACUGUACAAUAUAUUUUGAAAUUGAAAAAUGUUGUUUCCUUCCUGUAGUUUUUUUGCUUAGUAUAAUGAGCAGAAUUUAUUCGUUUAUGUAUAUAACAUGGUUUAAUUUAAAGAUGUUUUCCAGAGUAUGCAUCUCAACCCACUACAGGCAAUUGACAUGAAUAGCCUAUUUGAACUAUUUAAGCUGAAUACCUAAUUAUUGCUUGCAACUAGCAUGCUUGACAUUGUGCUAUCAGUUGCUAAUUAUGUGACUUGGCCAUACGAGUGUUCACUAAUUUUUUAUUGGUCAUUGUUGUCCUAUAGUCAACAUUGUAGAACCGGGGUCAUGUAAUUUACACUCUAAAUUACACUUGCGAUUUUUAUAUUCAUGAUUAUUUAUUGAAAUGGUUUCGUGUGUUUUGAAGGUGUUCAUUUGUGAACAAAAGCUUUAUUCGAAGUCACAGUUAGCUCAGCAUAUGAAGACUGGCGACUCUGAAGUGGAUGGCUCUGAGGUAGAGCGCAAUGGUUUUGCUGGGCAUCCAAUGUGUGAGUUCUGCAGAAGUUCAUUUUAUGGAGAUAGUGAGCUUUACAUGCAUAUGUCUAGGGAACACUAUUCUUGCCACAUAUGCAAGAGGCAGAACCCUGGUCGUGUUGAAUAUUUCGCGAACUAUGAGGACAUUGAGUUGCAUUUUAGAGAAGAUCAUUUCCUAUGUGAAGAUGAAGCAUGUUUGGAAAAGAAGUUUGUUGUCUUCCUGAGUAAAGCGCAGCUGAAGAAGCAUAAUGCUAUGGAGCACGGUGGGCGGAUGUCUCGUUCUCAGAGGAAUGCUGCACUUGAGACACCUAGCAGCUUUAUAUAUCGCAGAAAUGAGCAAGAACAACGGCGCGGCAGGGGCCGUAAUGCUUUCCAUGAUGGAUCUGAUUGUCAUAUCUCAUCGUCUGCAAAUGCUUUCCAUGAUCGAUCUGACUGUCAUAUCUCAUCAUCUGCAAAUGCUUUCCAUGAUAAAUCUGACUGCCAUAUCCCAUCAACUGCACAAAAAGACCGGGCAGCUGCCGAUGGCCAUGCAGGGCGUCUUGACAAUGUUUCAGAGUCGUUUCAGUCAUUAAGUAUUGGAUCCAGUUCUAGGGAAGCUGAAGUUGGCGAAGGCUCGAGGACUGGACGAGUGCUGGAACAGUUGUCCUUCCGACCUCUUUCUGACCCGGAUAUUCCUGACAAUAGUGUUGAAACCUCAUUCCCUUCAUUAUCAGAGCAGCAAUCCAGUCUCAAUCAGAGUGCAAGGGACGCUCCGAGGCUUGGAGAUGAGUCACUGUUCCCCCCUUUGACUGGGUCUAGUAACAAGAUGAAGCAGCCUGUUUUUACGCCUAAGCGUCCUCGAACUUUUCCUGCUGCCGAGGAUAUCCAUGCUGCAAAGAUGCGCUAUGCUCUGGGAAUGAACGAGGACAUGUACUCUGCGUUCAAAGAGAUCGCUGGUGAAUACCGUCGAGGUACCAUAGAUGCUUUUGAGUAUCUUUCAUAUGUCGAGCAGUUCGGACUGUCGCACCUUGUUCCUGAGAUGGUUAGGCUAUUGCCUGAUUCUCGAAAACAGAGGGAACUUGCUGAUGCGCACUAUACAAAUACACGGUUGAAAAACCUCCAAGAAAAUGGAAAUAAUAGGAAUGGGGGAUUCUUCUUAUCAAAGAAGAAAAGCCUCCAAGAAAAUGGAGGUGGAACUAGCAGAAAGUUCAUGAUAUAGAAAGCACUGCUGAUGGAUGAUGUGAACAUGGCACAAGCAGAUAACAUUCAGGACACUGUAAGAAGGCUUCAAUCAAACCAUCUUGCUUAGAAAGGAGAAGCUGAGGUGUUGUCCAAGGAUAGGUAUCGAUCUUCCAUGGAGGUCCAACCGGCCGCCGCUGGACCUUCAUCUAAUCUGGAUAGUGAAAGUCAUCUAGUGCAACGGAGGAGGCAAUAAGCAACCAAAGAAGACAUCAAGGUUUCUAAGAGCUCGUUCAGGUGACAACUCGUUAGCCAUGCUUGGUUUCAGACAGCCAAGUGCAAGCCCUGAAUGUCCACAAAGGGAAUUACAAGGUCCAGAGACGUGGUUGCCAGCGCGAGGUGCUUGGAAGACGAAGAAUGGUGGGGGAUAGAAACUCUUUUUGAUCAAUGGACGGAAGAGUCAUUGCAACUGCAUUUAGACGUGUCCAUAUACUUUAGUAUUUUUUGAAUUUUGAGAUAAAGUCGUGGUAUUGAAAAAUAUUAUAGUUUUUCCCAAGUGUUUGGCUACCUUGUAAAAGCUCUCUUUUGAAUACUAUAAUUUAGU